AAGCAGGUAGAGGUAUGAGAGAUGCCGCAGUGAGGGCUCUACCGUACCAGUUGCCUCCGAGCUCUUGAAGUAGUUGCACUGCGUACAUGCGUGCACGUUCGCAGCACACGCACAGGUUUUUUGCGUGUACCACCACCAAUCAACACACAGCGUAGUUACCAGCCUUCCAUUGUCACCUGUGCAUAAGAAUCAUACGCUAUAACUUUUACCAACCAAGAGACAAAGAGGAUAACAUGGCGGCUGCACAGCUGUCAGAAAUCCGGGAGGACCUGACGUGUCCCAUAUGUUCCCACGUGCUGAGGGAACCUAAAGCUCUACCCUGUCUUCAUACCUACUGCUGCAUGUGUCUACUACAGCUGGAAGCUAACUCCGGACAGAAGGGGCAGUUUCCAUGUCCGGAGUGCAGACAAACAGCCAUCCUUCCAGAGCGAGGAGUCCGGGGUCUUCCUACAAACUUCAUGGUGGCGAAUGUUGUGAAAACACUCCGUCAGACCGGGCAGCGAAGUAGGCAAUCAGAGAAAGACCGCGUCUGCGCCAAGCAUCGAAACCUUACGCGUGUGCUGAAGCAAGCGGGACCACCUAACGUCCGAAAUACCAACAAGAACAUUACUGCAUUAUCACGCCAUCCACAGGUCCGUCAAGAAGCACCACUUCAAACCCUGGCCUUGCCCGGUAUAAGCAGAAGACAUCGAACAAUUCAGCAGCGGCUGGUUCUACUUCUUCAUGCGCAGAGGUGUCAGACGAGCGAUCAACUCAGUAAGGUAAACGGAGAGGUCCCUGUGUGCCAACUGGCGACGUGCCGAGCCAUGAGAGACACCCUGGAUCACAUCGCCACCUGUCGGGCUGGCUUAAACUGCAUCGUUCCCCACUGCACUUCAUCCCAACAAAUCCUGUCCCACUGGCACGGCUGCAGGAGUCUGUACUGUCCGGUCUGCCUUCCACUCAAAACGGUCACCAGACGGGAAGAGGUGGAUGCCGGGAUAGACUCCGUGCGACACAACCUGCUCCAGCGCCAGUUGACCAUGCUGAUUCAUGCACAGACAUGUCAGGAUCGAGAACAGAGCGGGGAAGUACUAACGUGCCCCCUACGCAGCUGUAGAACCAUACGGAACGUACUAACACACAUGGACACAUGUAAGGAAGGGACCAACUGCCAAGUGACGUACUGUGCUUCCUCCAAACAAAUUCUCUCCCACUGGAAAAGUUGCAGAAGACAUCGAUGCCCUGUUUGUCAACCACUUCGAGUCAAAACGAAGGUCGAAGAUUUCCAUGUUUCUUCUGCACGGGAUGAUGCGGUUGGGUCAAGGCCCUGAAGAAAGAGAGAUUAGAUAUUAAAAAAAAUAUUUAUCUAUUUAUUGAACACAUCACGAGAUAAUUCCAGAAGCUAGAGUCACAGUAUUGUGCUGAUAACUGCCAGAUGUAAACCGUAGCGAGCAAACACUAUUCAGUAUUCUUCAAAUAUAAUAAAGUUAUUAAAGAUGCGUUUUUUUAUUAGUCGUAAGGGCUGCACCUCAAUGAUGACAGGUCUGUUGACCAAAUGCUACUUAUUCGUUUUUCGAGAGUUGGAAACACACCAGAAAACUGAUUGCAAUAGUCAUGCUUUUAUACUUGAAUCAUAAUAGAGCCCCUGAUAUGUUGGCUCAUUGUCGAAGGAGACUUAGUUUCUUUAUACUGAGGCUUUUAUUCACUUGACUUAACUUAAUCCUCUUCAUCCCGUGUGGGACAUAAGGCUGUGAUAAGUUUCCUCCACUACACUGGGGUCUGUUCUGUGCUAGGGGCUGAGCAGCAUCCCAGGGGAUCCCAAUGGCCGCUAGAUCUUUAGCCACAGUGCGUCUCCAUGUGGUUUUAGGACGUCCCCGUUUUCUCUUUCCCUCAGGGGCCCAAUGUAGAGCAACUUUGGUGAUACGGUCAUCCGACAUCCGCAGAACAUGGCCCAACCAUUUCAGUCUUCUGAUGGCAAUUUCUGAGGGCUUUUAUUCAGCUUGUGACUUAUUUUUCUCAUCUGAAACACAAUAACCGGCCUCCCCUGUGGUAUGCAGAUAUUCUACCCAAGACUCUGCAGGAUUCUUCGUGUAGGCAUAUCCAAAAGUUUGUCAUUCGUUAACACCAAAUGUAAACACCCCCACCCCUACCCAAGUCUUUGGUAACCUCAAAAUCAACCGAUUGAGUCUCAAACACAUGUUAAGUUAUAAAGAAUUGGCCAUACGGUCAUUUAUCUAUGUAUUGCUAUCAUACGAUUGACAAGCAAAGAUCUGAGAGGUGUUCGCAACAAGAUUAUAGUACAUCAUUUACAAGGCCGACAUCACACAGUAAAAAUACAUUAGCUAUAAUACUUUAACCUUAUAGCCGACAUAACAGCAAUUACAAAAUAAUAGAACGAGAAAUAAUGACAAUGUUUAUGAACUGUAAACUAUGUAUGUUUUUAUUCAUGUUAAAUGAACUAUCCACUUUAACAGCAA